AAGAACGAGGAUGAAUACGCUUCAUGAUUGAACACUUCAUGAUUGAACAGUCUCUCAAUGAAUGAUUAAAAUACUUAGUCAUAAUUUUUGAAGGUGCAUGUCUCGAUUGUUUCGGCUCUGUUGAGGUGAACAUCUGUCUUCCCACAUUUCUUAUUUCAAUGCAAUGAAGCCUUGUGUUAUGUUUCCUUCUUUCUUCAUGUCACAUCUGUAUAGUUUGAUGCUUCCUACUAUUUUCUGGAUAUUUUCUUUUCAGUCUCUUCUAGAGGCACUAUACCCAUAGCAGUGUUUUCAUGUACUAGUUAUUUUUUUCGGUGCCUAUUUCUCUAUGUCAUUGCUUGCUAAAUUUCUUGGAGAAGAAAUUGAAUACCUUCCUCCCAUGAAGAAAUCACCAAAGAUCCUUCUUCAGAGCAUCAUGAGCAGCGACCGAACAAAAGUGACAACUGAUUCUUAACCAAUCAUAUUCCAUGACGUUUAUAAGGUCCAUGCUUGAGACUUUAGCAAAAAAAAUGUCGGUUACGAUUCGUCGAAUAAGUUUCUCCAUUCUAAUCGUUCUUGGGGUUCUUAUGCUAACUCAACUGUGCUUUGUAGUACAAGAUAGAUCAAGUCAGUAUCCAACCCAACGUCGAUUAGCCCCAAGCCCUAAACUGGGAUAUUCAACCGAACAAAGCGGAGUUGGAGCACCUUACCCGAAGUGUUCCCAUAUCUUGACACUUCGAAUGGGAGGUCGAUGGGCCAACCUUGUCAUGGAGUACGCCUCGUUAUACGGGGUGAUUAUGGACAAUAAAGGCUUCGGAAUCAAGCCAGUACUAAAUGACAUAAUGAAGGCGAAGUUACAAGUUAUGUUUCCAAAUUUGAGCAUACCAUCUUUCAAAGAAAUGGGCUGCAGUGACAAGGAUCUACGGUAUGUGACUUCUGAACAAGUAUCUGCAGGAAUUCUUCAACAGAAAUGGAAUCAUUUAACCCUCUCCCUGCCAAUUUAUUGGUUACGGAAGCGAUAUAUCAAACCUGUUAUUGACGAUCUGAAACAAAACGACUUUAGAUUUGACCUUAAAAUUGUCCAUUAUGUACAAAAAGGUCUCCAAGGUGUGAAGGAAGACUUCCUUAAGAACCGACCGAAGUUAAAUCAAGCCAUAUUUGUGGGUCUUCAUGUGAGAAGAACAGAUUAUCCACGUUAUCUCAAGACCCAUAAUGGGACGGCUGUAACUGAAAACUAUUUCUAUAAAGCCUUGGACAUGUUCAGAGAUAAGUUUGGAUCGUCCGUCGUGUUUGUAUCAGCCACAGAUGAUCAAAAGUGGGUUGAGGCCAAAUUUUCAAAAUUUUCAGACGUCUAUUUCUCUUCAAAAAUGGACACAGGUAAAAUUGAUCCCGUCCAUUUUGAUUUUGCCUUGCUGUCCCAUUGCAACCAUUCCAUUUACAGUUACGGCACGUACGGAUUUAUGACAUCAAUCUUGGCUGGAGGCCAUGUCAUCGCAGCAGAUGCGUAUUCUGUGGACAAAUUUCUGGCCAAGGACUUUGCUAAAACUGAAAAAGGGCAAAAUUGGACUCUGAUAAAAGAUCCAGUGGCCACAAGUUGAAGCUAUUGAGUGUUGGUAAUAGCAAGUUUAGCCCAUGAUUUCACGUUGUUUAAAAAAAAGACUGGCUUUAAAAGGAACCCUACCCUUAUUAUCUGGAUUCAGUAAAACUCAGUUAUUUAGACCUUCGAGCUACAUUGCCUCACCAACCCACCAACACCAAGUGACAUUCAAAUUAUUUAGGAUCGUUCUACGAUCUUCACCAUGGAUCGACCUGAAGGAGUGGCGGUGUCGGGCUUGUUGCUGGAUGGGCGGGAUUUAGUUGAGACGGCAGGCAGCGAGGAGGCCACUUAUCGUGCCAAUUAUGGUUCGGACAUUCCGUUGAAGUGUCUGUCGGAUUGCUUGUCUAUGUACAUGAAUGUCAAAUAUUAUUCUUUUCCCAUAGACCCUUUGGUAUAAUUCUAUAGCUGAAAAGUUAUUCUUUCAGUUAUUUUGCUACUUUUGAAAUUACGAGAACGAAAUCCCUUUGUGGGCCCUUGAAUGAGGGUUAUAAGUUAGUAUUCUAACUGAUGUAAUUUUCCAUUUGCCGCUGACAGUGCGACCAAUUUGUGCGUUUUGACAACUUGCUUUUUGUUGGGCAUGAAUUUCUGAACCUAAACCUCACAAUGCUUGCUUCUUCCUUGGUGUUGAGUUGGUGGCGAGCAUCAGUGUAGCACUCUGCAUGUGACUAAAUUCACAGGUGUUGGAUUUGCCUAUAGGAAAAAAUAUUGACUCUCAAAAUCUCCCUUUACCAAAUCAAGGGUGCAAAAAAGGGGACGUUGCUUAGUAUAUAACGGUUGUCAUUUGGCAGCAUUUUUCAUGAUUUUCUUUGGAUUCCUCUUCCCUCUUUUUUGAUCAUACUUUGUUGAUUGGCGCAUAUUUGUGGAUCAUUGUGUAACCAUUAAGUAAAUUUUCUAGUCUUUUGUUACCUGGACAAGAAAUAAAAGCCCCCC